AUGGGAAAUACGUAUGUGGGAGCAAAAUCAACCUCCAAUGGUGGUGGAUUUUAUAGACAAUAUGAGCAUAGUUAUGCUCCUACUUUUGAUUCUCAUACUAUGGUUUUUGAAACAACGAGUAAUUAUUUAAAUUGGAGUCAAUCGACGGAAAGUGAUCCACAACAUGAUGGAACAGUUUUUCUGGUAAUGGGAAAUUAUCAAUAUGGUCAACUACUUCAUAAAAGACCUAGAGAUUACAUGUUGAAUAUGCCUAGUGAGGUUUGCUCACAAACAUUCUGUCACCCGAUUCUACAAAGUAAUGGUGUUCGUUGUUCUAAUCAAAAUAUUAGAAUGAUAGAAUGUGGAGUAGCUCAAACAGUUUUGAUAACAAUAGACAACCUUGUUUAUGUUUCGGGAAACAACUUUUUUGGUCAACUAGGUGUGAAUCAUUUGAAAACUGUUUAUGAACCAGUGAGAAUGGAUUUUUCUUUUGAUAGUCAGAUUGUAGAGGUUGUUUUGAGCCAAUUUCAUACUUUAUUCUUGACUGUUAAUGGAAAAGUUUAUGUCUCUGGUAAUAAUUAUUAUUCACAACUUUGCAUUCCUGAUAAUUGGGUACUGGCACCAACACUUGUAGAAGAUUUGGGGAUAAUUCAUCACGUGUACUCUGGGUUGAGAUUUACAGUCUUCCAAACAGAGGAUGGUACUCUUUUAUUAAAUGGAGACAUUGAAGAAAGCAAUAUGCCUGUAAAUAGAAAGGAAAUAUUUAAACAAGAAUCAUCAGAUCCAAUAAGGAGAGUUUCUUGUGGAGAUAGCCACAUUAUUAUUUUGACUCAAUCGGGUAGAGUUUUCGUUUAUGGAAGAAAUUAUUCUGGAGCAUUGGGAGUAGGAAAUUUGGAAGAUGUUUUUGAUGAAGUUCAAGAGCUAAAGUACCAAGAUAUACUAUCCAUUCAAUCAAUCAUUGUAGAUAUUCAGUGUGGUGAAUCUCACACAAUUUUUAAAACUCGAGAUGGACAAACAUAUGGAUGCGGAUAUAAUACUAAAAAUCAACUUGGUAUCCCAUCAGAAACAUAUGGAACUACUGUUCAAACAAUAACAACUCUCAAUGCCAUGAAUUUCACAAAGAAUAAGAUAACAGAAGUUAGAUGUGGAAGAGAAUCUACAAUUUAUCUGACUGAUAAGAAUGAAAUUUUUAUUUGUGGUCAACUAAAGAAUAUUUGCAACAUGGCUGUUGGAGGUUACCACAUGAUUAUUUAUUUGGAAGAUAAGUUUAUCAAAGACUAUAACAUUGAAUUUGAGGAUGAAAACAAUCAAUCCUCCAAAUUGACAUUGGAGAAUAUAACGAGUAUUGAAUCAUUUAUCGAGUCUAUUGAGAAACAUAGCAAACCUAUCAAAAAGAAGAGAACAAAUAUUUACUAUCUCAUUUGGAAUACCAACUUUAACAGGUUUGAAUUUAUUUGCAAUAUUCGAAAAGUGCCUAGCAAGUGUUUCAUCAAGAGAAUGACAGGCACACUAGCUGAAGUGGUUGCCAAGAUUGAACCAAGCUAUACUGACUCUUAUCUAAACAUGUAA